AUGGGACCUAUGCUGUGCUUGUUAGUGUUUUCGGUGUGUUCCGUGUUGGCGUGUUCCGCGCAUGGUUUAUCGAAACGUUACGACCGUCGCAUCGCGGAUUUGGAGACUCACUUGGAGACUUUUCGUCUCACCGGUCGCAUAGUCAACGGGAAGAAAGCCAUUUCGAGACAAUUUCCUCAUCAGGUGUCUUUGAGGCGCAGCCUUUCCGGAUAUCAUUUUUGUGGCGGAAGUAUCAUUAGUGAUAAAUUUAUUCUUACUGCGGGCCACUGCGUGGAUAAUGGUGAAGAGGUCAUCAAGGCUUGGACUGUCACCGUGGUUGCAGGAGAGUUGAGAACAGACAGGACCACUCUGACGGCUCAAAGAAGGGGUGUGAAAACCAUCGAAGUUCAUCCGAAAUUUAAUCGUAGUAUUUUGCUAAACGACGUUGCUAUUUUGGAAUUAACGGUACCUUUCGUAUUCACUCCGGAAGUUUCUAGCGUUCCAUUACUGUCAUGUGAUCCUACACCAAAAACAUUAUGCGCGGUGUCUGGAUGGGGAUAUCUAUCGGAGGAUGGUAUACAGUCCCCUGAUCUGAUGUACGUGGAACUGCCUAUUCGCGAGCCGAAAGAAUGUCAAGAGCUGCUCGUCAAUGUAACGGAGAUGUACCUGGGGAUGUUUUGCGCCGGUUUUCUCCAGGGAGGCAAGGAUGCUUGCCAAGGUGAUUCCGGCGGCGGUAUGGUUUGCAACAAUGUUCUAACCGGUGUUGUUUCCGGCGGCGAGGGAUGCGCACGUCCACAGACACCUGGCGUAUAUUCAAACGUUCACUACUUCAGCGAUUGGAUACUGCACUACUUAGGCAAAAAUUGUGGCCACUCUCAGUUACACGCGGAACUACACGUUCAACUAUGCGCUCAACUACACGCGGAAUUAUCCGGCGCUGCAUCACCUGUUUCAAAUGUAAAUCAUCCAUCUCAGAAGCAAGGAUGGGAAUAUUGCCGUCUCCUAGAAUAA